GUUCUCCAAAUGUUUGCUCGUUCCUCCUUCCGUGCACUCACUCCUAUUCUCUCCAGCCGUCCGGACGCGAUACGAACCAUGAGCUCCUCCGCCUCCUCCGUCAUGAUCACCCCCGAGUCCACCACCCCAGACCUCGAUCCAUACGACGACCCCGCCAUCGACGCCAUCUACCGUCCGUUUCUUCUCCCCCACGAACUCCGCAACACCGAUUGGGUCUCUCAGCUCGAGCUUGAUUCCGUCUCCUCCCUGGCUGCAACUACCACCCACAAGCGCCUCAGAUUCAUGAUCCUUUACGGCUCCCUGCGCAAGCGCUCUUUCUCCCGUCUGAUGGCCUUCGAGGCCUCCCGGAUCCUCCACCGCCUCGGCGCCGACGUCCGUGUCUUCGAUCCUACCGGCCUCCCCGUAAAAGACGACGAGCAGCACUCUCAUCCAAAGGUGCAAGAGCUCCGCGCGCUCUCCGCCUGGUCAGACGGUCACGUCUGGGUUUCCCCCGAGCAGCACGGCAAUCUCACUGCCGUAUUCAAGAACCAGAUAGAUUGGAUACCGCUGCUCACCGGGAGUGUAAGGCCGACUCAAGGGAGAACGUUGGGACUCGUACAGGUUUCCGGCGGGUCGCAGAGUUUCAACACGGUCAACUCGCUCAGAGUCCUCGGACGGUGGAUGAGGAUGUGGACGGUCCCGAAUCAGAGCUCUUUGCCGAUGGCGUGGACGCAGUUCACGGCUGAGGACGCGCCCGAGGAGGGUGGAAAUCGCCUCAUGCCGAGUGGUAACAGGGAUAGACUUGUGGAUGUCAUGGAGGAGUUGUUCAGGUUCACUCUCGCGUUCAGGCCUUUGAGUGAGGGCAUGGGUGAUCGGUUCAGUGAGAGAAAAGAGAGGAAGGUGAAGGAGGCGAAGGUCGCGGCUACUAAAGAGGUGGCGAAGACGGCGGAGGCGAGCAACUGAAUGUGAAGUGCGUGCAAGUAUAGAGCCGAAACCGUUUUAUGUUAUACUCGUAUCGCAGCUCCCUAGUGGCCCCGCAACAGAAUCUCGCCUUUCUGUGUUUUGCAC